UUGCGUUUCCCCAGCCUGCUCAUUUAUAAGUCCCUGGUUCCCUGCCAAGGACUCGAGGCUUUGGCAGCUCUGGAGCAGGAAGACAUGGCAAGGGGCCCUGACAACAUGCCAAGCUGGACAGCCCUGGUGGUGCUGGCUGCCCUGGGCACAGCUGGGACAGCGACCACCAACCCCGGUAUUGUGGCCAGGAUCACCCAGAAGGGCCUGGACUACGCCAGCCAGCAAGGAGUGGCCGCGCUGCAGAAAGUGCUGGAGAAGAUGGAGAUUCCCUCCUUCUCAGGAAGCUUUAAGAUCAAGCAUUUGGGGAAAGGUUCAUAUAACUUAUACAGCAUAGUUGUCCGUGGAGUCCAGCUUCCCAAUUCCCAGAUAAAACUAUUACCCAAUGAGGGCCUUGAACUCUCCGUGACAAAUGCCAAUAUCAAGAUCAGUGGAAAAUGGAAGGCACGAAAGGAUUUCAUCAAAAGCAGUGGCAACUUUGACCUGAAAGUGGAGGGCAUCUCCAUUUCGGCUGGUCUGAAGCUGAGCUGUGACCCCACCUCAGGUCACUCCAACAUCACCUGCUCCAGCUGCAGUAGCCAUAUUGACAGAGUCAGAGUGCACGUUUCACGCAGCAGCAUGGGGUGGCUGAUCCAACUGUUCUACAAAAAAAUCGAGAAUUCGCUCCGAGACACCAUGAACAGAAAGAUCUGCAAGGCUGUGACCGAUUCUGUGUCCUCCAAGCUGGAACCUUAUUUCCAGACACUGCCAGUGACAGCCAAAAUAGAUAAUGUGGCCGGAAUCGAUUAUUCGCUGUUGGCACCUCCUACAGUCACAGCUGAGACCCUGGAUGGGCAGCUGAAGGGGGAGUUUUUCAGUCUGGCCCACCGCAGCCCCCCUCCCUUUGCCCCGCCGGCACUGGCCGUUCCCAGCGACCACGACCGCAUGAUAUACCUGGUCAUCUCUGACUACUUCUUCAACACGGCCGGGCUCGUGUACCAACAGGCUGGAGUCCUGAACCUGACCGUCAAGGAUGACAUGAUUCCAAAGGAAUCCAAAUUCCGAUUGACGACGGAAUCCUUUGGCAUCCUCAUACCCCAGGUGGCCAAGAUGUUCCCUAACAUGACGGUGCAGCUGCUCAUCUGGGUGUCCUCCCUGCCACACCUCACCGUGUCGCCCGCUGGCCUUGCCCUCACCCCUGCUCUGGAGGCCCAGGCCUUUGCUGUCCUCCCGAACUCCUCCUUGGCCCCUCUCUUCCUGCUUGGCCUGACUACGAACCUUUCUGUGGAGGUCGGCAUCAAGUCCGACAGGCUUGUCGGAGAGCUCAGCGUGGACAAGCUGUUCCUGAAACUGAAGCACUCAGACAUCGGCAACUUCUCGGUUGAAUCGCUGCAGUCCAUCAUGAAUUAUGUGGUGCCCUCUGCUGUGCUUCCCAAGGUUAACGAGAGGCUGCAGAAAGGCUUCCCCCUCCCGCUGCCUACCCACAUCCAGCUCCUCAACCUGCUGCUUCAGUCUCACCAAGAUUUCCUGCUGUUCGGAGCGGAUGUUCACUACAGCUGAAGGCAUCAUGGUGCUGGGAACUGUCAGUCACACCCAGGCAAGAGGCUGUCAGCACCCAUUCCUGACGGACCCGUGGGGCACAGGCCACCUUUCUUCAGGCAUCCCUCUCUAGCUCUUGACCCAGAGAUCCUUGCAAACUUCUCUGAACUCAGGUUCAGAAAGGAUCUAUAAACAUGAGAAGACUUCCCUGUCCCUUAGAAAUGUGUGCGGUGUAUAUUUUAGGGAUUAUGAGCUUCUUUCAAAGGCUAAGCCUGCACGGAUAUUUCCUCCAAAAAUUGCAUUUUAAUUGUAACCACAAUAUUUCUCUGGGUGCUUCACACACACACACACACAAAUAACCAAAAAACGCUGUUUUUUAUUUUCCUGUGGAAUUCUGUGUGAUGGUAUUGUUUCUUGUUUUAUGUCCAUUCAUUCAUACCCAGCAUGGCCUGCAGGACCAG